GGAACACCCUAAGUAAGAAAUUAAACAUGACUAACUGUGGUAAAAAAAUCUUUAAGUCAGAUAACAAACACAGUAUCAGAAAUCAGAAAUGAAACAAAAAAAGGUUGUGAGACUUGGUUAGCUUUCUCACUCAUUAGCCAAUAAGUGUGCAUACAAUCAUGUAACACAAAGGAACUUUUGAGCCCCUGGGAAUAAGGCAGAACAAUGAAAAUAAAAAUUGAAUGGCCCAGCUUAAAUCGAAACAAAAUUUUCUCAACUCAGCUGCACAGGUUGCAACAUUUUUGCAAGCAAACCAUUUUUCUUGAGAAAAAGAUUUCAAAACAUUUAGAGCUAAGAGGUAUAAAAUUUCAAAAUAUUGUUUAAUUCCUUGAUAUGAUUCCCUUCCAAAGCCUGUUUAUGUGAGGCUAAAAAUGCAGUCAGUGUAAAAAUUUAAUGCAGACUACAGACUACAUACUACAGACUGGGGGUAAAAUGCAGACUGAAGACUUUUUGAGUCUAUAUUGUGUUAUUUCCAUUUUUCAAUGAUGGAAAUGGUAACAUACUUGAGUUAAAAUAAUGGUCUACAGUCUGCAAUCUGCAUUUUAACCCCAGUACAUCCAUAGUCUGCAAUUAUCAGUUAAUGAUAUAAUCAUUGAAGGUGAAGAAUGCAAGUGAAUAUAUCAAAGAUCAUAUAUUUGAACUGAGUCAUGAGACAUUUGACAAGGACAUGAUUGAUCCUCGCAGUUAUGUUCACAACUUAAGCAGCUGCGAAAUUAAAGCCUGAAAAAAAUUCAGGCUGGAAUGGAAUUGCGAGGGUGAUUGCAAGGGUCAUGGGUUUGAAUCCCGUUCAAGCCUUAAAUUUUAUUUCUUUUAGGCUUUAAUUUCACAACUGCUUAUUAAGUUUUGUUCGUAACUGCCAUGAUCAUUCAUAACCUCCACAGUUCAUAGUAUAUUCACUUGAAUCAAUGCCUUCUUUGUUUCUGAUCUCUAUAAUGUCAUGGCUACUGAAUUACUCUCCAACAAAAUUAAUAAAUGUGUUUUUGUUACCCUUCUUAGGCUAACAAGUAGCAACUUUACCACUUUAAAGGACUGUUAAGUGCUGGUCUUUUUUAAAAAAGGUCACAUCAAACCAGUGGCAGGUUAACAAGCCAUUGGCACUCCUGCCUAAAUUAGAUCUUAAUUUACUCAAAAGAAAAAAAUUAGAAAUUGUGUCAUUUCACGCCUUUAUAAGUCCUCCACUGGCACAAAAGAAAAGGGUUAAUAGUUCACUGGUUUAGCAGGUGUCUACAAGAAGAGUAUUUUUUUUUCUAUAAACCAACAGCAUUCAGAACCAAGUAUAAAGAAAAUCACAGUGAUUCAAAGCUUUAUACAAGCACAAUAUAACAGCCCUGACUAAGAGCACUUAUACACUUUACGACAAAAAUAUCACUGCAGUUUUUCAAACAGUCAGUGAAAUUAGAUAUAUAAAAGACUUUGUUUAACAAACUAUGAAUUCUUAAUAAAGAAACCUGUUAACUAUUAAUGCAUCAAUGACCCAAGUUUCUUCCAUCUUGUGGCAAUGGUCAAACAAUUGAAUUGAGUGGUAAUUGUGUGAUAGUUAAAAUAAACACCUGCUAUAAGGUUGUCUCAAACACUGGCCUUGUGUUGGGUGCCAACCCCUUGGAACCAUGCAUGAGCAAAUAAAAUUGUUUUUAAAAAUAGCCUGCUCUUGCUGUGGUCAUUGAUCACAAACACAGGAAACCAGUGAACAACACUGUAAACCAGUCUUACUUGAUAACACGGGAAUGAAAACACACUUUUAGCACUGGGGAGCUGCCAAAGUUUGCUGCUGCGAAGUAAUACCAAGUUUAAGUGAACAUUCAGUGGAAAACGCUUGCUCAAAGGUUGCUUCAAACAUGGCUUGUAUUUGAUAACAUGAAGAAUGGGAACGAAAGAAAACAAGAGACGCCUGGGGAGGACACUAGCCAGAUUAAAAAGCAAUCAAGCGAUGAAACGACUAAAUAUACACAGGACAAGGUUAAACGAAAGGGACCAGACUUCAGUGUAUUUACAACAGCCGAGGCUAAUCAUUCAGCACUUGACAAUUCAACUGCCAGCAAAAAUGCAUUAAUGGAAAUCAAAGCUUCCAAUGCCGUGGCAUUCCACAUUCCCAUUGAACAAUCGGUGUGCAGGCCACCUCCAAAACGGUUCUGUGACCAGGUCAAGUCAGAAAGAGAAAAUAUCAGUAUUGAAAGGCUCACAGAGAAACAAAAAAUGGCAGAAAAGAGAAAGAAACAACAUGUGGAGCAGAGACUGAAAAGAAUUCAUGAUCGACAAGAAGCUGCUAGAAAGCUUGCACAUAAUGUUGAACUACUCCUCCAACAGAAGUCCCUUAUUGGUGAUGGAGGAGGCAUCAGUCACAAUACACCUAAAAUGACAUCUUCUGAACUAAUGACUACAGCUCGUCAUGUUGCAAAAGAUUUUAGAACCUUGACGUGUCAAAUGACAAAAGAUUUUGCUGUGGAUGACAAGAACAAUAACUUGUCAAAGGGAUGUGAAAGUCGAGUCAUGCCUUCAUACCAGAAAGAAAAACUCACUAGUUUGGCAAAAUCUUCCAGUAACGACAACAACAGGAGUGUUGCAUUUACUGUUGGCUUUGAUGAGGACAAACAACCUGUAACCCCAAUUCCCAAAGCAUUACAAGUGCCAUGCAGGAAAGACAGAAGUAAACUGACAGCUCAAGAAUUAGAUGAGAAGCUAAGGAAGGCUGCAGAAAGAAGAAAUCAUAAACAGCAAGAGAGAGUAAAGCAAGUCAGAGCUAACCGUGAAGCACUAUUUAAGCUGGCCUCUGAUCUGGAGACAUUCAUGAUAUGGAAUGAUGCUGAAAGAACUGAAGGGCAUCAACAACACCAGGCAAGGCAACUUGCAAAUGAUAUUGCAGAUGGCUUUGACAGAUUGAGUCAGAGGUAUUCAAGAGAUUUACAACGAGCUGAAGGUUUUUCAAGCAUCUUGUGGGAAUCAAAGAAAUUAUAAAAAAAAAAAUACUACUGAG